AUGAGCGCUCAGGAGCUGGAGCAGCGCAGGGAGAAGCGGAAGGAGGCAGAGGCGAACCGCCAGGUCGCAAUGGAGUCCGGGGACGCGGAGGCGAUCCUGAAGAGCACCAAGGCGACGGUGAAGGUCACCCGGGAGCAGAACGAAGAGACCAAGAAGCUGCUGAGGCUCAUGGGCGUGCCAGUGGUGGAGGCCCCCAGCGAGGCAGAGGCGACCUGCGCAGCGCUGUGCCGGGAUGGCAAGGUCUUUGCAGCUGCCACGGAGGAUGCAGACUGCCUCACCUUCGGCACGAGGCUGCUCAUCAGGAAUCUGAUGGCCGCAGAGUCUCAGAAGAAGCAGAUCCUGGAGGUGAAUCUGGCGCUGCUGCUCGAGCAGCUCAACAUCACCAUGGAUCAGUUCAUCGACUUCUGCAUCCUUUGCGGCUGUGACUACUGCGACACCCUGAAAGGUGUGGGCCCUUCCACGGCCAUCAAGCUGAUGGUCCAACACGGAACCCUCGAGAAGGCCAGAGGGAAGUUGAGGUGA